UAUAACGCUUCCUUAAUCCUUCUUCUCCUCCCUCCCUCCCACCCCGUCCGCUGCCUCUCCCCAUUCCCAUUUAUACUGCCACCCGCCGGAGUUGCCGUUUACAGAGGAGGAGCGUUGGCCAUGUCUCCCGGACCUCCGGAGAAGGCCGACGAGUUCGUCCCCCACCCCGUCAAGGAGCAGUUGCCCGGCGUCGACUUCUGCCUCACCAGCCCCCCUCCAUGGCACGAAGCGUUGCUUCUGGCGUUCCAGCACUACUUGGUGAUGCUCGGCACCACCGUCAUCAUCCCCACCAUUCUGGUUCCGCUGAUGGGCGGCGGAAAUGAGGAGAAGGCGAGGGUGAUCCAGACGUUUCUGUUCGUCGCAGCGAUCAAUACACUGACGCAGGUCUACUUCGGGACCCGCUUGUCGGCGGUCAUCGGCGGCUCCUACACCUAUCUUCUCCCGACCAUCUCCAUCAUCCUCAGCCGGCGCUACGCCUACAUCAUCAACCCGCACGAGAGGUUUGAGCACACGAUGAGGGCGAUUCAGGGGGCGUUCAUCGCUGCGUCCAGCUUUCAGAUAAUUGUAGGGUUCUGUGGCCUCUGGCGGAUCUUUAUAAGGUUUCUGAGCCCCCUUGCUGCGGUUCCCUUUGUGACUCUUUCGGCGCUCGGCCUUUUCUACAUCGGAUUUCCCAGUGUGGCAAAUUGCGUCGAACUAGGGCUUCCGGCUAUUAUUCUGCUCAUACUCUUUGCAUUGUAUGUUCCACAUACAGUGAGCGGAAGGAGAGUGAUCUUUGAUAGGUUUGCGCUGCUAAUUGUUGUCGCCAUUGUUUGGCUGUAUGCGUAUAUUCUCACUGUGGCUGGUGCAUACAAGAAUAGACCUCCACAAACUCAAAUUAGUUGCAGAACAAAUCGCUCUGGUCUUAUAGGUGCCUCACCCUGGAUAAGAGUUCCCUAUCCAUUUCAAUGGGGGAGUCCCAUCUUUCAUGCGGGUGAUAUUUUUGCUGUGAUGGCUGCUUCUUUUGCUUCACUUAUUGAGUCCACAGGCACUCUCAUUGCUGUGUCGAGACUUUCAAGUGCGACGCCUGUACCACCUUCCGUCUUCAGUCGGGGCAUUGGCUGGCAGGGAAUUGGUAUACUGUUAGAUGGGAUGUUUGGCACUGCAAAUGGUUCAGCAGCCUCCGUUGAAAAUGCUGGCUUGUUGGGAUUGACAAGAGUUGGAAGCCGAAGGGUCAUUAAGAUAUCAGCCUGUUUUAUGUUCUUCUUCUCGAUUUUAGGAAAAUUUGGUGCACUUCUCGCAUCGAUACCUUUGUCCAUCUUUGCUGCUUUGUACUGCGUUCUCUUUGCCUAUGCAGUUUCUGCAGGUCUUGGAUUACUUCAGUUCUGCAACAUCAACAGCUUCAGGACAAAGUUCAUUCUAGGCUUCUCUUUCUUCAUGGGCUUGUCUAUUCCACAAUAUUUCAGGGAAUAUUAUGUGGUUUCUGGGUAUGGCCCAGUCCAUACCCGUUCUAUAACUUUCAAUGACAUGGUCAACGUGAUAUUUUCUUCACCUGCAACAGUGGCGGCUAUAGUCGCUUAUUUCCUGGACUGCACUCUCCUGCGUGGUGAAGCCUCCAUACGAAGGGACAGAGGCUGGCAUUGGUGGGAUAAGUUCAGGUCCUACAGAACAGAUACCCGAAGCGAGGAAUUCUAUGCUCUUCCUUACAACCUCAACAAGUACUUCCCUUCACUGUAGAUAAGGAAUUUGGCAUUUUGAGACAUGGCAACGAUAGGGAAAGAAUAAGAACACAAACAAUAUUGAAUUGCUGUCUGAAGACUUGUGGCUGAACUAUAUUUUACGACUUCUUAGAUCAUGCUUGACAUGUGAAUGGUCUAUUAUUGGAUACGACGAGGGUAUAUGGUAAUUUGAUAGUUAACUGUCACUGAUGCAGUGAAUGAUUUUUGAGUGA